UCAUGUUCACCUUGUAUUGCAGGCUAUUGAGCACACUUCAAAAAAGGUUCAUUAUGUAGUAAAGGUUGUUGAGGUAGAUUCUGCUGCACCUGAUGUGAAAACCAAGAUUCAGAUUCCAUCAAUAUCAGCCAUGAAUAAUUUCAAGUUUGAAGAAAAUGGUAUCAGAGUUUGGAAACAUUACAAAAUUGGACCAGGCAAAUUCAUUCCUUGUUGUACAGAAGAAACAGUUGUGCCACCCUCACUUGAAGUGUUGGAAAAAGCAAGAGAUACUGUAGACUUCCAUGUACUUGUCCAAUCAUCUGUGCAAUCCAUAAAUCAACAGACUGAUGGAAUAUUUACUUGUUCGAAUGAUGGCUGCAUGUCUUCCUUCAAUUCUCACCAAGAACUGCAUAAUCAUGCCAUUUUGGAUGAGUGCAAUGUGCAAUCAGAGAAGAUUAAGAAAUCAGUUGUUUUAAAAACACAGUAUAUCAAAAAAUUGUCUGAGACACAGGUUACAUCCAAAGAAGUUACAUUAUCUGGUAAUUGCUCGGAAAUAGAAAGUAGACAAACUCUCUCUCAAGGAUGGGGCAUUAAACUGGAAAGGAAAAACAGGAGAUUCACUGAAAACCAAAAGAGUUUUUUGAUUGAGAGGUUUAACAUUGGAGUAAAGAAGACCCUGAGAACGUGUCAUUGUUAA